AUGGAUCUUCCAUGUGAUAGUUUCUUUCAAAAGUGUGACGACAUGAUGGCAGCUUUAUUUGAUGAUGAUGAUUCUGGUCUUGGAAUGGACUUUGAUUUCAGAAAUGAUGGCGCCAUUUCACCAGUCAAGCAAACAGCUAUAUCACAGAAACGUCAGAGGAGGUUCUCUCCAGAAACUGGUACCUACAGCAAACAGAGCCAUGAUCUUAUAGCUGCUAAGUCGGAGAAUGCAGACAACAUGUUUAAGCCAGAAGAUAUGAGCCGUCUGUUUACCGACACAUCACCUACUGUGUUGAUCUUUCAUUGUGAGUUCUCCAUUGAAAGAGGUCCAGCUAUGUGCCGCAAUCUGCGACAGAAAGACCGAGAGACCAACGCUGAUAACUACCCACAUCUGUUUUACCCAGAGAUCUACCUUCUACAAGGCGGUUACAAAUCCUUCUAUCAGACAUACCCGGAACUAUGUACUGCGGAAGGCUACCUGCCAAUGCUUGAUAAGAGUCAUGCCUCCGAUCUACGUCACUUCCGGGUAAAGUCCAAGUCAUGGUCUGUUGGUCAGAAGAAUUAUUCUGGUUCUAAAAUGGAAAGAAUUGUAAAGUACCUUAAUAACAUAAAAGAAGACCGAAAGUUUAUUGUCGCUAUUGUUUUUUGUACCAAUAUUAUUGACAAUUUACUGAUAAGUUGUAUUGUACCCAUAAUACCCGAGAUGCUUGUAAUCCAAGAUGAACAGAUGAUGGAGGACUGCGACGAGCAAACUGUAAACAUUAGCCUCAAUAUGACAACAGAUGCACCAAGUACAAGUUUUUCAAGCAUUAGCUUUGCAAAAAGACUGUUUGAGUUGUCAUUUAAUCCAGCGACAGAGAACAGUAAAAUAGGAUGGAUAUUAGCAGUAAAGGCUUUAGUUCAGAUUGUUUUUAACCCUUUGACUGGAUAUUUAGCCAACUCAGGAAUGCACGGCCUAGGAUCAUCAGCUACUAAUGUUGCAGGUAUGAGUUUAUUGGCUGAGAGAUAUCACGAGGACGGCGAGAGAAGUCGUGUAAUGGGUACAGCAAUGGCAGGAAUAGCAGUCGGAGUGUUGAUUGGAUACCCAUUUGGAAGUUUGCUUUACUUCUAUGUAGGAUCGAGUGCACCAUUUUUAUUGAUCUUGGUAUUUGUUGUUCUUGAUAUUGCCUUUAUCAUCCUUGUAUGUAAACCAGUGCUUUUAGAAAAGAGAAGUUAUCACGGAUCAACAAUUACAGUCCUUCUAAGAGACCCAUACAUAUUAGUUGGAGCAUGUAUAAUUAUGUUAGCUACUAUGUCUAUUUCAACAGUAGAAGCAACUGUACCUAUUUGGGUUCUUGAUACAAUGGAUGUUGAAAAAUGGGAGCUAGCUGUGUUAUUUAUCCCAGAUAGUGCCGGUUACGUGAUAGGAACAAACUUCUUCGGGAAUCUAGCUUUAAAAAUGGGAAGAUGGAUAGUCAGUAUGGUGUGUUUGUUGUUAAUUGGUAUUUGUUUGAUAUCAAUUCCCUUUGCCACAACGCUGCCACAUUUAAUUGUCCCUCAUUUUGGAUUUGGAUUAGGACUAGGUAUAAUAGAUGCAGCGAUAGUGCCAUUGUUAGCCUUGCUAGUAGACACUCGUCAUGUAGCCAUGUAUGGAUGUGUGUAUGCCAUUAACCAACUUUCAGUAUGUCUAGCGUAUGGACUAGGACCCGGAAUAGCUGGACAGAUUGUAAAAGGUCUUGGCUUUUCAUGGUAA